UCGCUGAAGCGAUCGGCUGGUGUUUGCAUGCGAGGGACCGAGGUGACGACAGCUGGAGGAACGACUUACUGCAACAUGUUGUUUUGCCCUUGGACUCUUGUCAUAAACAAGUGUCGCAAAGACAUCCGUCUGUUUGAGUGCCACCGGCUUCUUAUCAAGAAAGACCCAUAUCACGCCCAAAGCGGCUAGUGCUGACGUCACCGGUAUUCGUGAGCUGCGAAAAGUCGAAGAACCUGUGCGACAGAGAGCCACAGCAGCAAACGAAUUCAAAGGCAGUCAGUCGUUUACAGGCACGUUCUCGCCGUGAUUCAAAUUCACAGACAUUCGUAUCAUCACUGCGUAGCCAAGCCACACUCACCAUCAAGACACUGCGGCUGCACAAGGUGACUCAACACCCCACCAAAACCGAAGACGACCACAAAGACAGCAGCAUUACCAUCACCAUGCCUCCCAGAAUCCAUAUCAUCCGACAUGCGCAAGGCGAACACAAUGCCACUCGCAACUAUUCGAUCCGCGACGCACUCCUAACCCCAAAAGGGAAAGGGCAAUGCAGCACUCUCCAAUCCGCCUUCAAGUACCACAACGAAAUCGACAUUGUAUUCUCAUCACCCCUGCGACGAACCAUACAAACUGCAUCUUUGAGUCUGGGCCCAGCACUAGCUCGGAAAGAGGUGCCUUUCGUGCUUCUGCCGCCGUUGCAAGAGGUUAGCAACAGUGGGUGCGAUGUUGGGCUUGCAGAUACCGCAGAUGAUGUAAGGCGGAUAUUGCCAACACUAUUUGCGGAGGGCGAGCUGCCCUUUGACUACAAUAAGAUCGAUGCUUCACACGUGACCAAAGGGUGGAAUAGCAAGCAAGGAUACUGGGCGUACGAGCGAGAUGCCAUAUCAAAACGAGCUGCGGACUUGAGAAGCUUCUUAUUGCAUCGAACAGAGAAACAGGUCGUUCUCGUCACUCAUGGCGCAUUCGCUCACUUCCUUACCGAAGAUUGGGACGUCGAAGACCCCAUGAUCGGUACAGCGUGGUUGAAUUGUGAACACCGGGUGUUUGAUUUCACAUCUGAGUCGACUGCCGCAGAUGCUCACUUGCACGAGACAGAUGAGAGCAGAUCAUCAAGAGGCGUUGAAAGGAGGGAGUACGACCCUCAUGUGCUCGACGAGCUGAUCAAGGUGUCCUCGAAGGAGAGUCAGAGCUAGAACAUGCACUGGAGGUGUCCGUACUACCUCCUCGAUCAUCUUCAGCAAGUUGCAGGGUGACUGAGCAGUUCACGCU